ACUAACGGAGAACCGAGAAAGAAAUCUACAAUUUAUCCACGUCCACCGUUACCAAUUGACACCGCCUACCGCAAUGUGAUAUCAUAAUUUCGUUGGGAAAAGUUUCAAGUGUCUAUAAAACCAUAUCGUUAUCACUGCCAAACCGCUCAGUGUCGAUUUUACGUCCUGCGGGGCAUGUACUUAUACAGUCUGUCUGUCUGUCUGUCUAUCUGACAGUCCGCGGUUAAAUACGGAACCGAUUUGAACAGUUUGUUAGUUCACUUGCGCUACACCAUGAGUGGUUCGCUGCCACAAGGAUAUCUCACAAUCCUGUGCCAAUUGGCCCUCGUUGUUUGCCUGGUCGCCGGGCACGGUAUGGUGCUGGAGCCGAUAGCACGUGGUUCACGUUGGCGUUGCAACUCGAAAGCCCCAGCCAACUACGAUGACAACGGUUUGUAUUGUGGAGGUUACUACGUGCAAUGGCAACAAAACGGAGGAAAAUGUGGAAUGUGUGGGGACAAUUAUGCCGAUGCAACACCGAGGCUCCACGAACUGGGAGGUCCUUUUGGGCAAGGUGAAAUCGUUCGCAACUUUACCAUGGGUGCAGCGAUUGAGGUGAAGGUGACCAUCACCGUUAAUCAUCGAGGACACUUUGUGUUCAAUAUUUGCGAUUUGGAUAAUAAUCUUUUGGAGAGUGAAGAAUGUUACGCUCAGUAUCAAUUGCUAGACACAGAAGGAAGGCGGGAAUGGUACCUCAAUUCUACGUCAGCGGGAACCUAUCUGGUUAACCUACAACUGCCUCCAUAUCUAGUCUGCGAGCAUUGUGUUCUACAGUGGACAUACGUCGCCGGUAACAACUGGGGUUACUGUGCUGAUGGUACCGGACGAUUGGGUUGUGGACCACAGGAAAACUUUAGAACAUGUUCGGAUAUCGGUAUCUACGACCCAACUGACGACAGACUUAAUGACUCCUACAGUUACUGCAAAACCAGUCCGCGAUCACUGAAUGGGAUCUACGACAACAUACCCGAGGAACACGAUGUAGCUGCCCCUGAAAUGCCUACAAGUGUACAAGCACAAGAACCGGAGACGAAUAACGAAAUCCCAGUCGAAUGAUUUAUAGUAUUAUUUUAGUUUUUUCAUUGUCAAACAAGAAUACAGUCAUCAAUAAGUAAUAGAGUGCAGUUUUCAUCAAAAAGUAUAUUGUAGAUAGUUCAGUUCAGUACACAGAAGUGAUUUUUAACCUAAAUUAAAGAAUAAAGCAUAUAAUUGAA